UCUCCACUUCUCACGGCCCCGACUGCUUCAUCGUCGUCGACCCCUUCCGUCGCUCUUCCAGCCUGAUACCGCGUCGGUCGCGUCUCUCCCCGACUCGAUUGCAUGGCCCACAUGAUGUAUUCCCAUCACCAUGCGACCAUGGCGCCGCCGCAGAAACCAGAGACUUUCAUGCUGAGCAGUGAAGCCCAGCAGAGUCUGCCGCAGGAUGCCCAGGUCGCCCUGCAACAGGUCGAUAACUUAAAAUAUUUCUUAAUCUCGGCCCCCGUCGACUGGGCCCCCGAUCAGUACAUUCGUCGCUUCCUCCUCCCGACCGGCGAGUACGUCUCGUGUGUGUUAUGGAACAAUCUCUUCCACAUCUCCGGCACCGACAUCGUGCGAUGCCUGUCCUUCCGCUUCCAAGCCUUCGGCCGCCCCGUCAAGAACUCCAAGAAGUUCGAGGAGGGCAUCUUCUCCGAUCUGCGAAACCUGAAGUCCGGCACCGAUGCCUCGCUGGAAGAGCCCAAGAGCGGCUUCCUGGACUUCCUCUACAAGAACAACUGCAUCCGGACCCAGAAGAAGCAGAAGGUCUUCUACUGGUACAGCGUGCCCCACGACCGCCUCUUUCUCGAUGCCCUCGAGCGGGAUCUCAAGCGGGAGAAGAUGGGCCAGGAGGCCACCACCGUCGCCGUCAACGAGCCCGCCCUCUCCUUCGAGUUCGACUCGUCCCAAUCGCUGUUCGAGCAGCUCACCAAGGCCCAGCAGGCCAACUCCUCUUCCUUCUCCGCGCAGCAGCCGGCUUACGCGCACCCCCAGUCCCAAUCCACCUCCCCCGUCAUGCGCGCCAUGGAUGCCAUGCCCCCGCCCCAGAUGAUCCCCCAAACGAUGUCCAUGUCGGAUGAGAUGAACAGCAUGGCCGCCUAUCAGCAGAUGACCAUGGGCGCGCCGAGCAUGGCCCAGCAGGUCGUGAAGCGCGAGACCGAUUUUGGACGCGUGCAAUACAACCAGAACGGGGUCCCCGUCUCGCAAGCCCACCAACGUCACUCCUCGAUGCCUGCGUUUGGCCUGGAGUACUCGCCCGCGCCUUCGUUUGUCUCUUCCCACUACGAGGACUACAGCACCCGGGGCCUCUCGUUCGAGCCCAUCACGCCACCCCAGCAGUCCAUGGGCAUGGGAACGGAGCCCGCGUACAUCGCAAACGAGGAGACCGGCCUCUAUACGGCCAUCCCUGAUCACAUGGGGGCCGUCGCGCUUCCCGGGAUGAUGCAGCUCCCCCCGUCGAAUCUGGCCGGUCCGCAAUUCUCUCACGCGCCUCGAGGGUACGGAUCGAGCAACGUCUUCUCCGUGAUUGAGGGUUCCCCAACCUACAAGCAGCGCCGGCGUCGCUCCUCGAUCCCUCCCGGGGUGGCCGCAGCGGUGGCUGCUACGGCGGCUGGACACUCCCACCCCGCCCACCGCCCCUCGGAUCUGAGACGCUCCGUCUCCGUCUCGGUGGGACCUGUUGCGGAGGGUGAUGAGUCCGGGGACAACUCGCCUCCAGGGCUCAGCUACAGCAACCAGAUCCAGCAGAUGUCACAGCAUCACAAGGAACUGAUCGAGCUCUCGAGACAUGGAACUCCGCUCUCCACCCUGGAAGAUAGCCCAGCCAUGAACCCCAUGAACCUACAAAACCACAGCGACUUCAUCUCAGGCGAAGAGCUCUCAGGUGAAAGCCCUGUUCUCGGAUCCCCUCAGCGCAGACCCAUGCAAGGACCCAAUGGCGUCGUGCGGAGGGCGAGGAGCGCAACCAUGAUGGAGCUCGGCCCGUACCCCCAAAAAUCCCACUCGUGUCCGAUCCCUACCUGCGGGCGUCUCUUCAAGCGUCUCGAGCAUCUCAAGAGAACACACACCCAAGAGAGACCAUAUAUCUGCCCCCACUGCAACAAAGCCUUCUCCCGAUCGGAUAACCUCGCACAACAUCGUCGAACACACGAUCGCAGCGAUGGGUCGGAUGGGACGUAUGGCAACUACAGCGGCGAGGAAGAGGAGUACGAAGGCGAGGACCAACUCGGAUCUCUCGAGGAGGCCUCCCCAAAUUCCGAGAACGGGUUCCUGCCGACAAGCUUGCCUCAAAAUUUUCAUAGUCUGAAUACGAUGACCAUGAAUUCCGGUAUGGCUGCCCCCGAUCAGUUCAUCAACGCUCAGCAUCUGAUGCAAUCGAUCUAGUGGCCGCUUAAGAUGCGCUCCUUUCCAUGUUCGACUUCUCCUAUAUGUUUUUAUUGGUGUGCAUAGCCCCGCGUUUAUCUUCACCGCGUCAGAGAUGCAUACCCAGCCCAAGUUUUCUUUGUCACUGGUUUCGAUUCUGCUUCAUGGAUGUACGGGCGCGAGAUCUGCUCUUGGAUGAUGACCGUUAUGA